CCUUCCUUCUCCCUCUUCCUCUCUCGUUUCACUCUUCCUCUAACUUUCCUUCUUCUCUUGAAGAUUUUUGACAUAAUGAGAAAGCCUUGCUGUGAUAAACAAGACACCAACAAGGGCGCUUGGUCCAAACAAGAAGACCAGAAGCUUAUUGAUUAUAUUCGAACUCAUGGUGAAGGCUGCUGGCGUUCUCUCCCCAAGGCCGCCGGUUUGCACCGCUGUGGUAAAAGCUGUAGGUUAAGAUGGAUAAAUUACCUCAGGCCUGACAUCAAAAGGGGUAAUUUUGCACAAGAUGAAGAAGAACUUAUCAUCAAGCUCCAUGCCCUUCUUGGCAAUCGGUGGUCAUUAAUAGCUGGAAGAUUGCCUGGGAGGACUGACAAUGAAGUGAAGAACUAUUGGAACUCUCAUAUAAGAAAGAAGCUGAUAAAAAUGGGCAUUGAUCCCAAUAACCAUCGCCUCAACCAUAUUCCUCGCCCUCAGCGUCCACAACGUGACGAUUUUUCUUCCAAUGUCACAUCAAAGAAUGAAGCCUGCAAAACCAAAGUAACCUCUGGCGGUAAUAACGAUAGGGUUUCUGAUGCUGGAAGCUGUCUUGAAGAUGAAACAUCCGGUGACUCUACCUUGAAUCUCGAUCUCACCAUUUCGGUCCCCUCUCUUUCAUCCACGCUCGUCGAUGAAGACAAUAACAAACCACAAAAUAGCCUAUCGCUUGUGCCUGGUGCCGUAGGGAGUGAUGAGCUCCCCACCCUUCUUCUUUUUAGAUGAGAAAACUGAAACCCUCUUGGGCACACAUUAAUUAAAACCAAAUUUUGAGCCUCGCCAGCCGUUUCUUGAAGGGCUGAUUGAGGUUGGAUCCUUUCCAUUAUUGUAACCCAUCCGACUGUAAUUAGAAAGAAUUAGUCAAAGAAGAAGCGUUUUAAUUAGAUUAGAUUAUAAGGAUAACACAGUAAGUGGAAGCAAAGAGAAGGUUUUAUUGUUGUUUGCUCCUGCAGGCCAAUUUUAAUAUCGGAUGGUUAUGGCAAGACAGUAAGUAGUAUUCUGCUAUUCAGGAUUAAUUAUUUAUGUAUUGUGAAAUAUCUGAUCAAUGACAUGAUUAUCUGUUUUUAUUUCUCAA